GCUGUUGUUGCAACUCGCGCCCUCCUUGGCUCUGUUGUGCCAAAUACCAGGUGUUUGAUUUAUAUAAGGGAGGAAAAUCCCUUUGCCCUUUCCCGGGACCAACCAGAGCGGCCCGCUGCAGGCUUUGCAACCAUGCCAGGCAGUUUUCUGUCCCUCCAGCAGCAGAGGUUGCUUGGCAGUCUAGGGAGGUUGUGGAGGGAGUGGGGCGAUUGCCCCAUUGCUGUCCACGCGGGUGGGAGGCAAGGGGACUGGGCCAGGCUCCCCUUGGGCAAAAGUGCCAGCCGGUGGGUGUUUGCACAGGGCAUCCGGAGCUGGGCUAUAGCUGCCCCCUUGGCCAUGGCUGCUAAGGUGGAUUUGACCACGUCCACUGACUGGAAGGAGGCUAAAUCAUUUCUGAAAGGGCUGAACAACAAACAGCGCCGUCCUCAUUACUUCACCAAAGAUUUUGUCAAACUAAAGCAGAUCCCAACCUGGAAAGAAAUGGCCAAAAGCGCUCGGAUCCAGCAGCCCGAAGAAACCAUUUACCCCAAAGAUAAUAAUCUGAAUGGAAAAAUCUCCCUCAUCCGAGGAGAUAUUACGAAGUUGGAGGUCGAUGCGAUCGUCAAUGCUGCUAACAGUUCCCUGCUGGGCGGCGGUGGUGUGGACGGGUGUAUCCAUCGCGCUGCGGGACCUUUGCUGAAAGAAGAGUGCAGGACCCUGAAUGGUUGUGAGACAGGAAAAGCGAAGAUCACCUGUGGGUACCGUCUCCCAGCUAGAUUUGUUAUUCACACGGUGGGGCCCAUCGCCCAGGGGGAGCCCAGUCCCUCCCAGCAGACCGAACUCGGCGACUGCUACAAGAACAGCUUGAAACUCGCCCUGGAGAAUAAGCUGCAAACGGUGGCCUUCCCCUGCAUUUCCACGGGGGUCUUUGGCUAUCCCAAUGAUGCUGCUGCGGAGGUGGUUCUGAACACCUUGCACAAUUGGCUAGAGGACAACAAGGACAAGGUCGAGCGGCUGGUCCUGUGUGUUUUCCUGGAAAAGGAUGAUGAAAUUUAUAAGGAGAAGCUGCCCAAGUUUUUCCCUAUCGCCUGACCCCCCCCCCCAGCCUUUCCCUGCUCCUAAAGGGAUCCUCAUGAGGAAACGCCGUCCGCCAAGCUCUGAAGCCGCUUCCCGACGAUCCCGCUGCUUCUCUGCAGGAGACGUCGCCGGGUCCUUUCCAAGGGGGGGGAAAGCUGGAAGAAAACACCCACCCCCUUCCCCAAGCGCCAACGGCCGCAAUUCCGGAAUAAAAAUGAAAAUAAAAAAAAAAUAAAAAUGCAAAGACGAAUCCAGUUCGUAAAGCCUGGUAGAGGGAUGGGGG